AUGAGGUACACACUUCUCUCGGGUGGAAAAUGUGUAAGGCCAAUGCUUUGCUUAGCUGCGUGCGAGCUCGUAGGCGCCCAAGAGUCUAUCGCAAUGCCCACUGCAUGUGCGGUUGAGAUGCUUCACGCGUCAUCUCUCAUCCAAGACGACCUCCCUUGUAUGGAUGACGACAACCUUCGUCGAGGAAAACCCACCAACCAUAAAGUAUAUGGUGAAGAUAUAUCCGUCUUGACCGCUGAUGGACUCAUAGCUUUGGCUGUCAAGAAGAUGGCCGCGUCUACCUUUUUGGGCGUUCCUCCAGAGAGGGUUCUCCGGGCCAUUCUGGAGAUGACAAAAGCGUUGGGAACGGAAGGGCUCGUUGCGGGUCAAGCGGCUGAUCUGGCCGGAGAAGGAAUGAGCGGAGUGGGGUUGGAACAUCUUGAGUUUAUACAUAUUAACAAAACGGCGGCGUUGCUUGAAGCUUCUGCGGUGGUGGGGGCUAUAGUGGGAGGUGGGUCUGAUGAAGAGAUUGAAAGGCUUAGGAAGUAUGCAAGAUGCAUUGGGCUUAUGUUUCAAGUUGUGGAUGAUGUUCUUGACGUGACAAAGUCGUCGGAGUUGGGGAAGACUGCCGGUUCAUGAGAUUUGGUGGCCGGAAAGCUAACGUAUCCGAGGUUCUUGGGAGUGGAGAAGUCGAAGGAGUAUGCGGACUUUAUUAGUCACUACGCUAGGUCUAGAUGCCAUGUCAGUAUGGUACAAAAUCUGUAUAUCAAAAGCCAAAAGAUAUUAGGUUUCACAGUUAAAAUAGAGUAUACAACAAAGUAAAAACACAGAUCCAACUGAAAUUCGAGGUUCUUUUUUAUAUAAUAAAACAAUGGAAAAAGUCCUGACCACAGAUGACUAAAGGAGGAGUGCCCAGAGACACAGAACUCAAAACAUAGACUAACAAAACCUCAAUAGAGAGUUAUCAUCAGAAAGCCAACUAAUCGAUAGAGAAAAAAAAAACAGUACAAGCAGAUCUUAGAGAGAAAGCAUAGAUAAAGAGAAGAGUACUGGACUGGCGAUAGUGAAAGAUUUCCUCUCCCGAGAAAGUGAAAGCCAGUAUGAUUAAGAAGAAGCAGAUCUAUAAAAGAGAGGAGCACUGCAAAAAGUGAGAGUAGUUUUUCCUUUUUAAACCAUAUUUUUGUUCGGGAAUUUCUCUUUACAUUUACUAGUUAUAUGUAUAUAUGUUCUUUUAUUUUAUUAAAAUUAUGUGCAAUUUAUACAUCAAAAAGGUUACCAGUUAAUAGCUUUUAAAAAUAUUUAACUCUUAUUUUUUACUUCAAACUUACCACAUAAAUUUAGGAUUAAUUUUUUUUUAAAGUAAACUUAGGAUUAAUUUUUAUUUCAAGUUAUAUCGAAUUACAAAUCAUACUGUAAUUCAGUAUUAAUACUACAUGUCACUGAUCGGAACCAAUGUUUGUAUUUGUAAUUCAGUGUUUGUAACAUCCUGCAUAAAGAUCAAAAAUGCUCAUAGGA